CACCAAAAAAUGUUGAAAUUUCCCACCUUUAAAACCACCGCCACCACACUCCCUUUGCAUUACUCCUCCUCCUCGCAAUUUUCCAAAUCUUCUCCGCCAUUUCUACGAAUCUCCUCCUCAUUCUCUUCUAUUACUAUCUCCCGCCGUUCUUCCAUCGCCGCCAUGGGUGACGAUUCCGGCAUGGACGCCGUCCAGAGACGUCUCAUGUUUGACGAUGAAUGCAUUUUGGUGGAUGAGAAUGACAAUGUCGUCGGGCACGAUACCAAGUACAACUGUCACUUGAUGGAGAAGAUUGAAAAAGAAAACUUGCUGCACAGAGCAUUCAGCGUAUUUUUGUUCAAUUCAAAAUACGAGUUACUCCUUCAGCAACGCUCUGCAACCAAGGUGACAUUCCCUUUGGUAUGGACCAACACCUGUUGCAGCCAUCCGCUAUACAGAGAAACCGAGCUUAUUAAAGAAGAUUCUCUUGGGGUCAGGAAUGCUGCACAGAGAAAGCUUUUGGACGAACUCGGUAUCCCUGCUGAAGAUGUUCCAGUUGAUCAGUUUACUCCCUUAGGUCGCAUGCUCUACAAGGCCCCAUCUGACGGGAAGUGGGGAGAACAUGAACUCGAUUACCUACUCUUCAUAGUCCGUGACGUUGCCGUGAACCCGAACCCAGACGAAGUGGCGGAUAUCAAAUACGUGAACCAAGAAGAGUUGAAAGAGUUGCUACGAAAGGCAGAUGCCGGUGAGGAGGGUUUGAAGCUAUCCCCGUGGUUCAGGUUGGUUGUCGACAACUUCUUAUUCAAGUGGUGGGAUCAUGUUCAAAAGGGGACGCUCGUUGAAGCAAUCGAUAUGAACACCAUCCAUAAGUUGAUAUAAAAUUGGACCUCAAUUGGUGGAUUUUGAACUAAUAAUUUGGGUUUGGCAUGUCCAAAGGCCUUGGUAUCGUUUUUACAUUUAAAAUGUUUGCCCUAGGAGCAUAUCGGUUGUUGUACUUGUAACGUAGUUAUUAUCGUUUCCGUAUGAAGAGUGCAAUAACGAACCUUUGGUUGUUCGGAACUUGGAAUUUAACGUUAUCUUUUACCUUGAAUC